AUGGCUUCACGCUUUACAGAACACUUUGAAAUCAAUCAAGAUUGGCAAUUCUCACCCUCUGAACCAAGCUCCCCUCUCUCAUCAUCAACAUCCGAAUCUUUAUACUACUCAUCCUCAGAAACACUCAAUGUGCAGAUAAUAUCCUCAACGUCUACUGUUACUGCAGAUAUGUACAAUUUCAAGACAAAAUCACAAUCAAGCGUCAAAAGCAACGAUCCUUCCUUGGUGUAUACGCACUCAUUUUCCACCGUCCAUUCCGUUGAUGAAGCAUCCCAUGCAUCAAAACCAAAGAAAUCUAAAUUAAAGCGUUUUUUGACGACCAUUCAACACUCUCGUAAAUCAAGCAAAUAA